AUGGGGAAGUGUCCUCCACCUGUAAGUCCUAAUGGAGCGACUGGUACUACUAGUUGUCCCCUACUUAAUCCACAUCUGACUGUCAGUGCGGUGGCUUCUGCUGGCAGGCCACACAUACCUGUUCAACUCUGUCCUGAUAGACAAGUGCAGGUUAUUCAGCGACCAUUCAGUGCACCUCAGUAUGGAGUAGCAACCCAGUUGUUUGCUCACCAGCCUGUACUGUUACAGGGACUGCCACAUGGUACUAUAGCUGUACCACAACAACAAAUGCAAGGUAUGGCAUCUCCACCUCUUCCUUCAAGAUCACCCACUACUAGUCAGCCUGGUAUGCAACCAAAUAUUACAAUGUUACAACAUGUGGUUCCUUCGACUCCACCUCUUAACUUAGUGAGUGGAAGUUGCAGUACUACGAUUGCUAACCUGACCACGUCUACAUCAUCAGUUGGCAGUUUGAACGCCUUAACAGCAACUGUUAAUGCACUCCAACCAAUGGUUUCGUCUGUUCCAUAUAGCAUUGCAGGUAACCAGCCUGGUAAACUGAUGACUAAGGCUAUGGGUGGCAUGGUGAUCAGUACUCAUUCACCGACAUCUCCUAGUCAUGUGCCUAGUGUUGGUAAAGUAAUGGGUCGUCAUGCUGGUAUGCAGUUUUCUCACAAGGAAUCUAAGCAACAGGUUAUCAUAACGACAACAACACCAAUUUUUGUGCGUCCACAACGACAGCCAACAACAGUAACAACCCACCCACCUAUACAAACUGUUACUGUAGCUGCAACUCCUUCUUUUACCCGACACAAUAUGGUAAUGGUGUCUCCACAAACUUCUGUGAGGCAUGUGCAUCCUUCUCACCACGGCAUCCCUAAACAGCAGCAGCAACAACAAUUACAGCAGCAACAACAACAACUACAGCAGCAACAGCAACAACUGCAGCAGCUGCAGCAACAGCAGCAGCAAUUACAGCAUCUUCAUCAACAGCAACAGAUUGCAGCUGCACCUAAACAUUUAGCUCACUCGCAUCAUAUGCAGAAAUCUAGUCAUAGCCACUUAGCUCGUCAACACGCAUCAACUACUUUGACAAUUCCAAACCCAGCAAAGUUCAUAAAAGUUGAAAAACCAUCGGAUCUGAAAUACCGACAGUCGCAUAGCAGUGCUGGAAAACACCACAAAAGACCUGAACCAACCAAAGUUCAUCCGCAGCGUCAACCACCCCCAUUACUUCAUCUCCAACCUAAAUCCCCACCAGUAUUACAACAACAGUCUAACCCCACACAACCGAUGAUGGCUCAACAAAGUCCUGUCAUGGAAAAUGUAGAUGCUCAACCCCCUAACAGGCCCAAGAGUGUUCCACAACUGGAACUCUCUGUGGUCAGCAUCCAGGAGAAUAACCAUGGUAACAAGGAGCAAGAGGAAGACAACAGUAAAGAUCCUAUUCUGACAAAGGAGCCAUCUAAAGAGAAGGAACCUCAGAGAGCCAUAGUUAGGCCUCAGGUGUUGACACAUGUCAUAGAAGGAUUUGUUAUCGAGGAAGCUAAGGAGCCUUUCCCUGUGAGUCGGUCAGCCUUGAUAUUUGAUCUCAAUUCUUCCAAGAAAACUACUUCCUCUGUCUCAUCUGACCAAGAAAGUAUAAAUAUAGAAAGAAGAUUAGAUGAACAUGAAUGUGAAAUGGGAGAAAGCAGUCAAAUGAGGGACCCAAUAAUUCUCAAAUGUGAGUUCUGUGGUAAGAUGGACAGUGCAACCAAAUUCAAAAGAUCAAAGAGAUUUUGUUCAAUGGCGUGUGCCAAGAGGUAUAAUGUUGGUUGCUCCAAGAGGCUUGGGUUAUUUAAACCUUCCAAACCAAAUAAGUACAAGUUUAAUAAGCACACCAAGAAGAUGCAGAUGACUUUUAAGGCGAAGGGUCUCCGUGGUAAACAUGGAAGAUUGGCUUUUAACAUCCAUGAAGAGCGACCGCGACAGUUUGAUGAUGACACAGGCAGCAGCUGUCAAUCAGAGAGUACACCAUCACCGCAGACUCCUCCAAACUACGAGGACGACUUUGAUGACCUUGACACAGACCCAAUAGUUGUUACCGAUCCAAAGAGAUGGUCAGUUGAUGAAGUGUUUGAUUUCAUCCGAUCCCUUCCAGGUUGUAGUGACUAUGCAGAUGAAUUCAAGUCACAGGAAAUAGAUGGACAGGCAUUGCUGCUGUUAAAGGAGGACCAUCUUAUGAGUGCCAUGAACAUGAAACUAGGACCAGCUCUCAAAAUAUGCGCCAGAAUAAACUCGCUGAAAGAAUAGCUUUGUCGCAUGAGGGUGCUUUUUCGUAUCAUCAAAUGUGUGAAAUUUAAAGGAUUGAAGAAUUCUCUAAAUUCUUAUCGUCAGUUUUCUGUU